AUGCCCAAAGAAAGAUCCGUCAACCCAGCACAAGCUCAGCGCAAGAAAGAGAAAGCCAAAGAAAUCAAGAAAGGCAAAGCAGCCGUCCAAGCAUCCCGCACCGAACGUCUCGCAAAACGCAACCCCGACCGCCUCCAAAAACAACUUGACGAACUCCGAGCCCUCGAAUCCUCCGGCGGAAAGCUUACCUCGCAUGAGAAGACACUUCUCGAAGGUCUUGAGAAAGAGCUCAAAGCAGUAAAGAAAGCGCGAGAGGCCUUAGGUGAUAAAGCGCCGAAAUUUGGCAGAGGCGAGUUUAGUGGUGACAGGGGAGGACGGGAUGGCGCGGUGUUAGGAAAGCGGAGGAGAGAUGAGAGCUCAGACGACAGCGAGGUAGACGAGGAAACGAAACGUAUACCUAUGCCACGCGACACACCGCCGCCUUUUCCGAAAGAGGUGUUAGAUAAAUGGUAUCAGAAACGUCGGGAGCGGUGGCAGGCGCAAAAUCCUGAUAAAGUCUCUGGAGAUAGGAAUUCGGGGACGAGUGCGAAUUCGAUGCCGCUUGGGGACAAUGCUAGGAGAUUUCCAGAUAGAAGUGUGGAGGAGAAACCGAGGGUUGUGGAGGAGACGAAGACGGUUUAUGAGGCUAAGCCUGCGUUGAGGGAUUUGAGGAAGGAGGCGGUAGCGUUUAUACCGGCGACGGUAAGGGCGAAGAUGGAUAAGAGUAAAGGAGUUGGAGGGUUGGUUGAGCCUGAGGAGGCGGAUAGAUUAGAGAGGGAAGGGUAUUUGCCUAGGGGUGAUAGUGGAAAGAGUCAAGCGGGUUCGAAAGGGGUGCAGAUGGAGGAGGUGGAGGAUGAGGAUGCUUAG